CAGCCCAAGCUCGAACACCGGGCGGACGGAGAGAGGGAGAUCAGAGCUUGCAAACAUGUCGCCGCUUCGAUUCCUCGCCGCGGGGAGGCUCUUCUCACGCCCGAUCCGCGCAGGAGGACCAGCGAGGCGGCUCCUCCACCACUCCAGGAGCCAUGCGGACGGUGCCCGGGGAUCUGGCUUCUCUGCCCGUUUGCCGAUGGGAGGCAACAACAAGCUGCGUGCUAGCGUCGCGGCGGUGGGGGCCUUGUCUGCCGCCUUGAUCGGAGCAAAGCUGUAUCUCAGAAAACAAAAACACAGGAAGCAACCAACAUCUGAAUCUUCAGCUUGGGCCCUAACCGACAAGAACGCGGCGACGCUGGAGGAGGUGAUCGCCGAGGAGCGGGACGCGGAGAAGGAGGCAGCAAUGAAGGCGAGGUUCGAGGAGUGGAUGGUCGAGUAAGAGCGAAGAGGAGAAGGCCAUUGCAAGAACGCCGAGAGGGCCAACAUGCUCUCCCGUGGAGGCGCCACGUUCAGGCCGAACAACCUCUGCAGAGUGAGCGUGAGCCGACCUUCGCGCAUAGGUUUGGGUACCCGUACCGGCGCGCCGUCGAAUGGUGGGUUCUAGGCAAGUGAAGGGUGCUACUUUUGGGACGAACGGCGAGUAUGGUUGUAAGUUUUGUUAGUAUCAGUUUCAGUGUCUUUUGCUCUCAGUAUGGGGAGUAAUGUGAAUGUUCUCUAGGUUUUAUCAAGCUAUAAAACAGGCACCAUGUGAAUGUAGUGUUAUUGAUGUGCUGGCCUUCACUGA